AUGAACUGCCCAGAUGUGUCUCCCACUUCUACUUUUCUCUUAGGAGUAAUGUGCUUGACAGCUCUCAGCAACUUUGCUAAGACUUCCUCAGACUUCUCAGGUUCUAUAUCGAAAGUGUUAAAGAAUUACAGUGACCAUGCCUGCGAUGGAGAAUAUGUCUCCCUGAGAUGCCCUCACAGAACCACCAUCAGCAUCCAGUCUUCCUUUUAUGGCCGAAUUGUGCCAAGUCAUCAGAUGUGUCCCUCCCGAUACCUACAGUCCUAUGCAACUUUAAUUAAGGAAGAUGUUGCCUGUUCAGUUGGUACUUCCCUUCAGAAAAUGCUGGAUGAGUGCCAGGACAGACGGAGCUGCCAGUUCCUUGUCAAUAGCCGGCUGUUUGGUCUAGACCCGUGCCCUGGAACCGGCAAGUACCUCAUCGUAUGGUACAAGUGCAGGCCAAACGAGUACAAGAGUAAAGUAGCCUGUGAAGACGACAAGCUGAGACUGAGCUGUAAGAAAAACAUGGUCAUAGCCAUUUACUCCGCUAUUUUUGGAAGAACUCAAGGAGGCAGCCUGGAAUGCCCCUACCAGAAUUUAGGGAUGCCUACGAUAGAGUGUCAGUCAGCCACGGCUCUCCAGCUCAUGACGAGACGCUGCCAUGGAAAAAGAAGCUGCAGUGUGUAUGCCAGCACCUAUGAAUUCGGUGAUCCUUGUUACCCAGGUGUCCACAAGCACCUCAAUGUUAUCUACACCUGUGUUCCCAAGAAGCUUCUGCAUGAAACCCAGCCAAAACCAACCAACUACCAAGGAAUUCAGCAACCACAUUUUCCACAGCAGCCAAGAGCGUAUGAUCCUAAUGUUAUAGGGGACGGCGUGUUCUUUCCUGAGGUUUCGCCGUCCAUUCUAGAGCGCGUUCUGCCAGAGAAGAAGAAAGGGAGGUCGGCUACCUUUUACCCGCUAGACAACACCCCCUUGCUGCUUCCCGUGGAUGAGACACAGCGGCCAGUGGAUAACAGCAGCAUGGAGCCCGUGGGCGUUAGCACAGAGAUGGCCUUGCUCAGCAACAUCCUAGCAGCGUAUUCCUUUAUCACAGAAAAUCCUGAGCGUGCCGCUCUGUAUUUCGUCUCUGGGGUAUGCAUCGGACUCAUCUUGACCCUGUUGGCCUUGGUGCUGAAGGUGUCCUGCCGAACUGACUGCAAGCAAUCCCCGGGGAAAAAGCCACCUCGGGAGCCGGAGAGCGACAGCGACAGCAGUGACAGUGAGGAUGAUUCGGACACCACUUCGGACCUGUCGGCCCGCAGGCACCGCAGGUUCGAAAGGACUUUGAACAUGAAUGUCUUCACCUCGGCCGAGGAGCUGGAGAGGGCUCAGAGGCUGGAAGAGCGAGAGCGCAUCAUCCGGGAGAUAUGGAUGAAUGGGCAGCCGGACAUUCCGGGGACCAGAAGCCUGAACCGCUACUACUAA